AUGACGCCACAGCAGAUACGUGUCGACUCUCCAUAUUUCGAAGAAAGGCUGAGGAACGGCGAUAAUAAUGUUGAAUGGGCAUACAAGCGUCGGACAUGCGACGUCGGCUCUCCUCAGUCAACUGGGGGCCCUAUGAUGGGAGUAGGCGAUGCAGGCAGGGAUGGACGUCUACUAAGCGGGCCAUCGGCGUUACGCCUGCCGGCCGAUCACUGCGCCUUUGUGGCAGUCAUACCUAGAAUAGAUUAG